AUGACCACCACGACUUAUCGACCAGCCGGAACGAUUCCAGUCGUCGCGUUUCCACAAAUACCGCAACCCGUCACUGCUCUUUGCUUCGAUCCGGUAUCAGACACGCUUUGGACAGGCUCCAACUCCGGUAGAAUUGCCGCCUUCUACGGUGCACAGGGUCAACCGGGAUAUGUCAGGGGUCUGGGCGUUUCUGGUCAAGGACUGGGUACAUGGACUAAAGGCGGGAUGAACAAAUGGUUCUGUCGCUCACCUCCAACAUUGCAUACCUUUUCCAAUGUAUCAUCAGCCUCCUCAGUCCUUGCUGCGUCUUCUACAAACUCAGAGCUCCUGCUUAUGAACUCGAUGACUGGCAACAUUCUACGCCAGGCGCCAACGCCAUCGCUAAUAACUCAUCUUGAGUUUUCACAUUCUGCCAUAUUGUCUGGUGGUGCUGAUGGAUCAGUUCGGACUCAUGACUCCCGUACGGCCAUCAACAAACCAGAAGGCCAGUUCAUAGCGCAUUAUGCUGGGAUUCAAGGACUGCAAACCAACGGCAACCUUGUAUUCACUAUAGGGCUCAGUAUACGUCAGUCUCGUCCGAUAACCGACUCAUUCGUCAAAGUCUAUGACCUUAGAACGAUGAGGCCGCUUGCUCCGGUCCCUUUCUCCGCCUCUCCUGCAUUCAUCAACAUCCUUCCAAAACGAUCUUCAUCGAUUGUCGUCACCUCGAGCCAGGGACUUGUUAACAUUGUCGAUGUCUCGACUUCAUCUCACGAAUUCUACCAGCUAGACGUGGCGUCGUACAUAACCUCCGUCGCUGCAUCUCCCACAGGCGUAUAUAUUGCUUGCGGUGAUGCUGAAGGAAUGGUUCAUCUUAUCACCCAAGCCGACGAAGAGAGUUCAUUACCUUUGAAUGGGUUUGAUGGGCAGCCUGUAGAAAUUGCAGACACCCCUGCUCCCCUGCCAGAAAUCGAGUGGUCUGACUCAACUCCACUCAGCUCAAUCGGAAUGCCAUAUUAUGAGUCGAAACUCUUGUCAUCUUGGACGCCACUGUUUAUUUCUGGCGCAGUGGACUAUCCCCCUCCACCGAAAAUUCCGCCACAGGUCUUGGUGUCCAUCAAGCAGAACGAUAACAUCGCCUACGCUGCCUUACCCAAGGAACUCAAGGGAAGGCGCAAUCUGGUCGUUGUCGGUUCUCGAGGAAAGAAGGGUAGAUUUCGAAGCGGGAAAUCGCGGGGAAACGAGCCAGAUCCUGAUACACCAACGUGGGACAGCUCUAGUUCAAUCCCUAGACUGUAUCGCAAAGUUGAGAUCGAAUACUCCAAAUUCGGAGUGGAGGACUUUGACUUCGGUUUCUACAAUAAAACCGAGUACAGCGGACUAGAAACCCACAUCCUCAAUUCAUAUACGAACGCACUCGUGCAGGUGAUGCACUACUGUCCCCCCAUUCGUCAUCUUACCAAAUCGCACAUUACUACAAAUUGCGCCAGAGAACACUGCUUGUUGUGUGAACUGGGCUUUGUUGUACGUAUGUUGGAAGAUGCCCAUGGAAUCAACUGCCAGUCAAGCAAUUUUUGCAAAGCCGUUGGCGUAUUGGCCCACGCUGCAAAUGCCAUCGAACUUAUCGACUAUGGCCGCGAAUCCGCCAACGUCAAUUACGCCCUCAUGAUCCAGUCAUUCCACAGGUUCCUACUGGAUCGACUGAGUAUCGAGGGAAAUACCUUUCCAAACAACCUGGUUGUUGCCAAGAAUGCGUUGCAUCGCGGCCUGCCCGUCGCCGCACCCAUUACUCAGUUAUUGGGCAUUGAUGCAAAGAAUGUGAUCACGUGUAUGAAUUGUGGUGCUGCACGAGAGAAAGAGAAUAUGUCUCAUGUCAUUGACCUCGCUUAUCCUCGACCCGUUCAAAGCGAUCUCGAUUUCCCCACUAUUCUCCGCAAUUCUUUGUUACGCCACUUGACGCACAAGGCAUCAUGUCAGGUUUGCAAGCACUUUGCGAACUUUUCCGUCCGUCGAUCUAUCGCUACCAAAGAUCUUCCUCUCGUCUUGGCUGUCAACGCUUCUGUUUACACGCCAGAGAGUUUAAGUUACUGGCUCGACAACAAGGAGACUUUCAUUAAGCCUCAGUUUGAGAUCCACGGCCAGGUCAACGGCGUCGACGACCCUGAGGCUACGGUUUACUUACUCAGGUCUUUGGUCGUUCAAAUCGUGACCAAAGACAGUAAGUCGCAUUUAGUCUCCAUCGUGAAAGUUCAGCAACCACAUGACCCAGCCACUCCGUGGGUUGUUUUUAAUGAUUUUGUGGUCCAGAGCAUCUCAGAACGAGAAGCUUUGAGCUUCCCUGAUACUUGGAAGGUUCCAGCAAUUCUUUAUUAUGAGCGAAUCGAUGGCGCAGACGCCAUUGAUCUCAGUGGUCUGCCCUUCCAAAUGAAUCCAGACAUCCUUUGUCGGGAUACCUCAAUAUCUCUGUACUCCCUUUUUGUUUUUUCUUUUGACCGGGAACCUGAAUAUUCGUCCGCUAGCAACCGCGAUCCUGCCCUCAUCAAACAUGAAUGUCUCACUUACAGCGAAUUGCCUCCCCCUGGCACUCAUGUAGCUAUCGAUGCCGAGUUUGUUUCUAUGCAACAGGAAGAAACCGAAUACCGAUCCGAUGGAAGUAAACAGGUACUUCGACCUGCAAGACUCAGUCUCGCCCGUGUGUCUGUUCUGCGAUGCGAGGGACCUAGACAAGGCCUCCCUUUUAUCGACGACCACAUUCACACUAGUGAAGUCAUCGUCGAUUACCUGACCGAGUUUUCUGGCAUUCGAUUUGGCGACCUAGAUCUUAACCUUUCGCCUCAUACUCUAACACCACUGAAAGUAGUAUAUAAGAAGUUGCGUCUUUUGGUGGACAGAGGAUGCGUCUUCAUAGGCCACGGCUUAUCGAAAGACUUUAGGAUCAUUAAUAUUUUUGUUCCGCCAGAUCAAGUCAUCGACACUGUCGACCUGUUCUUUCUACAAUCGAGGCAACGGCGUCUCUCCCUUCGCUUUUUGUCGUGGUUUGUUCUCGGAGAAAACAUCCAGACAGAUACGCAUGACUCGAUUGAAGAUGCGCGUUCGGCGUUGAAUCUUUAUAAGGCGUAUCAAGAAUUGGAGGCUGCGGGCGAAUUCGACAAUAAGCUGGAAGAGCUGUACCGAGAAGGACGUCAAUAUAACUUUAAACCGCCACCACUUCCUGAUGGAAAUGUUGGGGCUAUGCAUACGCAAGAGAACAAUCAACUCGCGUAUCUUACCCAUGAAGCGCUGUAUCAACAAGAGCAAGGACGGACGCCCGUCGUUCACGCCGGUUUUUCCGUUCCCCACUCCAAGUCGACCGUGUUGGCUGGUGUCCAAGACGCGUAUUGGAGCGAUGAUGAAGCUGACGACGCGGAAUGCCCUCUUUGUCUCGAGGAGAUGGACAUCUCGGACCUCAAUUUCAAGCCUUGUAUCUGUGGCUACCAGAUUUGCCAAUUCUGCUGGCAUCACAUCAAGGAAAACCUCAACAAGCGCUGUCCUGCAUGUCGUAGGAUCUAUACUGACGAGGCUGUCGAGUUCAAGGCCAUAGCCACACAAGAUCAUAAGCGUCUUACACAACAGAAGAAGCAGCGCGAGCGAGAGCGCAAGGAGCUGGAUACUCUCGGCCGGCGACACUUGGCGAAUGUCCGGGUGGUGCAACGAAGUAUCGUGUAUGUGGUUGGAAUCGGUCCUCGAUUUGCCAAAGAAGAGCUUAUUCCGACUCUCCGCUCAAACGAGUACUUCGGCCAGUAUGGCAAGAUCACCAAAAUACUUUUGGUGAAACGGACUCCAUCGGGCGGCGGGGCGCCUGUCGUCGGCCUCUACAUCACCUACAAUCGACGGGAGGACGCAGCUCGAGCCAUUUCGGCCGUUGACGGAACCGCCUCCCCUGGUGGGGGUCGGGAGGUGAUGCGAGCAAGCUUUGGCACGACAAAAUAUUGCAUGGCCUUCCUUCGCGGCGUCACAUGCAAUGAUCACAACUGUAUGAAUCUACACGAAUGGGGUGACGAGAAAGAUUGUUUCACUAAAGAGGAUUUAACAACCUUGAAACAUACGAUGAAGGCGACGGAAAGUCGUACCAGGACAGUCGUGAGCAAAAAAGAGGACGGCGAAGCUUUGCCGAAAACUUCUGCCUGGGCCAAAGUACCGACACCGACUGCAGCGCCAAUUGCGCCGGCGGCUGUGCCUACUUCAACACGUUCAUCACGUCGUGGUGGAUCAAGACAAGCUCGUUCUGUGGCCUCCAAUUCGACAGCAUCAACGGUCAAAGAACGAAAGGCUUCCAAAGCCACGCCUCAAGCUCCUUCUUCCCGCCCAUCUACUCCCGCGGCAUCAUUACCAGUCCGACCAGUUACUCCAGCGGACAAACCGCCUCGAUCCAAGAAAGAUGCGCAACAGCCAUCUUCUCCUGCUCCCUCUGCUGCUGCUGAUUCAGACGCUGGAUCUGUUGUGUCGCCUGUCCGACCACAAUCCGCCGACUCAAUAACAUCUUCAACCCCAUCUGUACCGCCAGGACUUCCCGCAGUUCCUCCCGGUCUAUCAGGCCCACCAGGAAUAUCAGGACCGAGUCGCCCGCCACGCGUUGCUACUGCGUCACCACAAACUCCGUUGUUGUCGUUCCAGUCGUCAUAUCAGAUGUCAACAGCAGCACGUGCGCUACUCGACGAUGUCACUCAGCGAUGGGAGAAGCCGUUGGCUGUAGCCCAGCCUCUUCCCGAUUUCGACCGCACCCUCGAAGUUCUCAAUGGGCAAGAUGGAGGCGGGGGCUUCAGUUUCAAUCUUGACCCUAAGUUGGCUGGUGCUGAAACGGACGAGGGUGUCGAUCUGCUUCCUGAUUUCGAAUCAGAGGCCAAGAUGCCUUUCCAUGGCUCGUACAUGGAUGCGUUCCCUGCUUUACGCACCGGUGUUUCUCCUGGUUCUUCCCCAUUCAUGACCCCUCCUGGUCUACCCUAUUCACAUAACCCCAGUCGCUCGAUAUACGACCCGUUAUCAAUGCGACCUUCUAUGACUCCAAUUGAGCGACAGUCAACUGGCGGUUCAAGCUAUCUUGGCUCGUUCAAUCCAUUUUCAGACUCGGCCGAAGAUGCGUCACGAUCACAGUACGAUGACGAUCCGAGUAGGAAAAUGUCCCGAUUUGGGUUCGCCCGUGGGCGGCAGAGUUCAACGGCGGCCACCAACUCUCCCGUUCACGUGCCUUCACCUCUUUCUGGCGAAAGCCACUCAUUCUAUAACUCUGCGGAGCCACCACAUCCACCGGCUGUUCCACCCUGGAGUUCGUAUUAUCCGAUGAAUGGCUCUGCUGGUAGCUCUCCUCUGGUGCCCCCAGCUCAAGCACAGCCGGCGUAUAACCAGCAACAGAGUCGUUUCCAACCAUUCGGCGCAGAAGUCAGUGAGGCUCAGUUGCGCGAUUUCAUCCAAAGCAGUCGUGAACGUGCCAAUGCCCCGGGCAUGAACCCACCAGCUGAAUCUUCAUCGCCGUUUGGGAUGAAUCCCCCUCAAUCCUUCAAUGAUCCUGCAAUCAUGGCCGCUUUUGCACCGUCAAUGCCUCCACCUGGAUUCAACACCGAACCAAUGGCUUAUGCGCCUCCUCCUGGCCUUUCCUAUGGAGGACCUCCUGGUAUUCUGCAACAUGGGGUGUUAGAGAACGUGGAGAAUAAUGGGUCCGCACAUGCUUCGACGACGGACUCCCCUUCACUCUCGGCUGCCGACUUCCCGGCUUUGACUGCAUCUACCUCGGUCGAUUCCUCGACACUCCGACGCGAAGAACCAAUUGUCGAGCAACAACCAGUUCCUUCUCCUAUCGAUGACAAAGCCACCGAAAAAGCCGAACGAAAGGCAGCCAGGAAGGCUGCUGCCGCUGAAAAGGCCGCUGAACGACAAAAAAUCGCACAAGAAAAGGCAGCAAUAAAAUCUGCAGAACGUGCUCGUUUAGCCCAAGAAAAGGAAGAAAAACAAGCAGCGCUGAAGGCAGAGCAGGAUCGAGCAGCAGCUCUGAAGACAGAGCAAGAACGAACAGCCAAGGAGCGACUAGAAAAGGAGAAAGUAGCGAGGGAGAAGGAGCGUUUAGCAAAAUUGGAGCAGCAGAGGGUGGCGGAGGAGAAGAAGAAUAAAACUAGCGAACAAAAAGCGAAAAAGGAAGGUACCACGCGGCAAACGUCUGCAGCCACAACCCAGGAACCAGUAUCACAGCUCCCGCUCCUUUCCAAAAAACCGAAAAAGAACAAACCGGUUGUGCGACCUAUCAAGCAGGUUCACAGAGAAGAGCAUCAUCAACCUGUCUCUGUUGACGACACGAAUACACUUCCACCAACCUCUGCCAUCGAGACCACGAUUUUCCCAACUGGAAGCUCAAACAACUCUCGUGCUCAAUCCGUAGACGGAAAUGCAUUACCAACCACUCUGGAAGAUUUGUUGGAGGAUUUGCACGUGAUGAAUCCUUCGCUUGACCUCCCGAACCAUAUUUUCUUCGAUGUUCAUAAGAUCAAUCCUGCUAGCAAGAUGCCCCUUGAAUAUGGGCCAUUGGUUCAUGCGUUAUCAGCGCUUUCGGUGGGCAGCGGUUCAUUUGCCAAUGGCACUGCCUCGGGACCUGCCGACACCGCCAUCUCGUCUUUCCAAGAGUUGUUAGAGACGUUGACGCAAACUAUCUCCGCGUUGCUCCGCCUUCUCCCUCGUACAACCUGGGACGAAAGCUCUUAUUUUGAUGGCGUAUUGGGGGAGAUGUUAAAGGGUGGGGACUACGACAACAACCUGGACGACUCCAGAGAUAACAAUGUCGAAGCGCUAACGUUGGCGCUUGAGCGGCGUGCUCGGUGGAUGGAGGUCCAGCUUUCCAAACUCGAAGAGUUACACCGUGACAUCAAUACUGCAGCCGUUCGUGCAGUGCUGUCGUUCAAUGACAAUGGCUGGGAUCGAUUUGGGUUCUUACCUCGAGUUGGGAACACCCUGCGUCGAUUUGACAACAUUGGCAUUGUUGAGGAGGCCGGAGUUGUGAGGAAUAUGACGGCAGAUGAAUUGGAGAAAAAGCUUAUCGUUGCUCAGGAGGCUGCGGUGUUUGCUGAGACAGAGAGACUAGAGUAA